CACAUCCCAGGAGCCAGCAGAGCCAGACCAGGAUGGAGAGGAGACGGGCCACCUCAGCUGUGGCUGCGCGCCGCUCCUAUGUCUCCUCCUCCGAGAUGGUGGUGAGAGGCCUGACUCCCAGUGGCCGCCACCUGGGUCCUGGAACCCGCCUCUCCCUGGCUCGGAUGCCACCCCCACUCCCAGCCCGGGUGGACUUCUCCCUGGCUGGGGCACUCAACGCUGGCUUCAAGGAGACGCGGGCCAGUGAGCGGGCCGAGAUGAUGGAGCUCAAUGACCGCUUUGCCAGCUACAUCGAGAAGGUGCGCUUCCUGGAGCAGCAGAACAAGGCGCUGGCUGCUGAGCUGAACCAGCUGCGUGCCAAGGAGCCCACCAAGCUGGCUGACAUCUACCAGGCUGAGCUUCGCGAGUUGCGCCUGCGCCUUGAUCAACUCACCGCCAGCAACGCCCGGCUGGAGGCAGAGAGAGACAAUCUGGCACAGGACCUGGGCACCCUGAGGCAGAAGUUCCAGGAUGAAACCAACCUGAGGCUGGAGGCUGAGAACAACCUAGCUGCCUAUCGACAGGAAGCAGAUGAAGCCACCCUGGCCCGCCUGGACCUGGAGAGAAAGAUUGAGUCUCUGGAGGAGGAAAUCCAGUUCUUGAGGAAGAUUCAUGAGGAGGAGGUGCGGGAGCUCCAGGAGCAGCUGGCUCGGCAACAGGUCCAUGUGGAGCUGGAUGUGGCCAAGCCGGACCUCACAGCAGCCCUGAGAGAGAUCCGUACACAGUAUGAGGCCGUGGCAUCCAGCAACAUGCACGAGGCGGAGGAGUGGUACCGGUCCAAGUUUGCAGACCUGACAGAUGCUGCUGCCCGCAACGCAGAGCUGCUCCGCCAGGCCAAGCACGAGGCGAACGACUACCGGCGCCAGCUGCAGGCCUUGACCUGCGACCUGGAGUCCUUGCGUGGCACGAACGAGUCCCUGGAGAGGCAGAUGAGGGAGCAGGAGGAACGCCAUGCUCGGGAGGCAGCCAGUUACCAGGAGGCGCUGGCCCGGCUGGAGGAGGAGGGGCAAAGCCUCAAGGACGAGAUGGCCCGCCACCUGCAGGAGUAUCAGGACCUGCUCAACAUCAAGCUGGCCCUGGACAUUGAGAUUGCCACCUACAGGAAGCUGCUGGAGGGCGAGGAGAACCGCAUCACCAUUCCUGUGCAGACCUUCUCCAACCUGCAGAUCCGAGGGGGCAAAGGCACCAACGAAGGGGAAGGCAACAAGGUCACAAGAUAUCUCAAAAGCCUCACAGUACAAGUUAUACCAAUUCAGGCUCAGCACAUUGUAAAUGGAGCCCCGCCAGUUCUUGAAACCAGCCUGGACACCAAGUCCGUGUCAGAAGGCCACCGCAAGAGAAACAUCGUGGUGAAGAGCGUGGAGACGCGAGAUGGAGAGGUCAUUAAGGAGUCCAAGCAGGAGCACAAGGACGUGGUGUGAGGCGGGACCCACUUCGUGGCCCCUGCCCCACAGCAGGAAGGGCCUGCAGCAGAAACAGGAUAGGUGCCCCUCGUCUGAUAGCUCAUUUUCCCAUCUCCGUUUCUAUGCCAGCUUGCUGCCCUAGGUUCCCUUAGCAUUAGGCCUGCCAGACAGCACCCACCCUACUCCCAGCGACUUCAACUAACAGCGCACUCACCCCAAAAGGGGCAGCCUGGAGGGUCUUGGCCAGCAGCUUGAGUUAGAAUUGGGAGGAAGGAGAAAAGUUGGGCAGGGCCUGGGACCUAAUAAAUCACGCUGUGUAGCCUAAUCCCUGUUGUCAUGGCAACUGUUGCCAGAGUUAGAGGUCUUUGAGCUAUCUGGGAAGUAGGAGGCUUUUGCGUUUCCUCAGGCUGCUGGAGGAAAACGGAUCUGAGACAGGAAGGGAAAGUCCCUGCAGGCAAAGUAGCCCUGACCAGAGGCUCAUUCUUCUAGAUGGACCCUGGCCAGUCUGAGAGUAGGCGGGGAUGUCCUGCUACCGGAGUUGUCAGCAGACAGAAUUCCUGGCCUGCCCACAUUCCAGAGGGGCCUCUGAGUGAUGAUUCAAGCGUCUCAGCCCCACUGAGCUGCCACGUGGGCAUGCUGUGGGCAUGUGGGGACUCGAUUCCCAGCACUUAGGGGAUCUUAGUGUAAGUGGAGAUGGAAAUGGUGCUGGGAGGGAGUAGAGGGGCUGCCUGGCCCCUAGGUGUCAGUACAGAGAGGUCAAGCCCAGGAGGACCCCCCCAUAUACGCUGGUGGGGGGCAGGUAGAGAGGGUGGAGGAGGCAGUGGGAUGAUGCUAUGUAGCAGAGCUGGGGGUGUGGAUGACCAGUGACACUUGGCCUCUGGGUCGUGGGACUCAAGGAAGUGACUCGUCCUUUGAAGAUACUGGAACAGGAGAGAAAGCUGCUGCUGUCCACAGGGGUAGUGCACACUUCACCCCAGUUCUAAAGGCUCCUUCCUCGCUGUAUAAUUCCUGUCCGCUCAGGCCUCCAAGCCCAUGCAGCUGCUGCCUCUCGACUCCAGCAAAUACUGCUGGGUGAAGCCACCACAACAUACCUGACCCUUUCUUCCCCACCCUGACCUGCUGUUUCUCCCUAAGCCAAGGGCCCCUUUUACUCAAAUACAAAAUGUAUCCCGGUAUUUUAGGUAGCACCCUAUUUUACAGCUUGGGAAAUUGAGGCAUAAGCAGAGUGAAGACCUUGGUUUGCAUCGCUGAAGCCUGGAGGCUUUCACCCAGAGCAUCUGCUUUGCUUUCCAUGGGAAGACUGAGGGUGGGAGAGUAGGUACGGGAUUAUCUGUGCCCAGAAAUGGGGCUGACAGGACCCACUCCAGGGUCCCCGUCUCCCCUCUAAGUCCAAAGGGAGGGAGACUUUCCAAGACUUGGUGCCCUUUCAUGAUUCCCUCCUGCCACCCACAGCUGCUAACUUUCGGGGUACCACUGCUGCCUUUAGUCACCGAGGUAAAUAAAGCGAACUGCUGUGGCCUCCUC